UCACGUGUCUACUGUUUGACGAAUAAAAUUAAAAAAAAACUUGAUAAAUAAAUAGAAUUGUAAGUCACCGUUGUGCAUAAUACGUAAAAUUGAAAGUGCAAAGUAAUUCAUUUUAAAUGUACCCUGUGAUUUGAUAUCAUCGGUAUCGGGUCACUAAAGCACUCUACUACUGUAACGUAAUACAUGGAUUUAAAAAAAGGUGGAUUUUUCGUCGUAGUAUUACAUAAAUAAAAUUUCUCACAUUCGCAUCGGAAUCGAUCAGUUCUUUUACUACAAAAAAAAACGUGAUUAUAAACACAGGAAAUUAAUUUGGUUUUCAAAUUAUCUUAAAAAGUGACAAAAUCAUGUAGAGUAAAAUGGGUUUUCUGCAAAAGACGUCAUUUCAAUUGAAAAAUGUGUCAUCCGUCUACUAAAUCGGAAUAUCUAUACACGUGAAAUUAAUACUUUCAUACCUUUAACCGUUCAAUUUACGUAAAAUAUAUUAUUUAUGUGAAGCAAAUUAAAAGAAAGAGCAGGAGUACGCUACCGGUCUGUUGAAAAUACUAAUCAACAUAUUUUUGAAUGGGAUUGUUUUUCAUUUGUUGAUUUUUUGGAAGUGUAACGGAAAAGGUUUAAUUUAUAAUAAGUGAAAUUAUUUCCUUUUAUUGCUCGUUUAAAAAAAAAAAAGACAUUUUGAACAUUUAAUAAGUAACACAAUGAAUACCAGUGCAUGCAUCACAAUGACUGAUCAAUACAAAGUUGGAACAUCAAAAGCGUAUCACGAUAAUAUAACAAUUACACCGUCGAAAGUUGUGCACAAGGAGCGACAUAUUAUUCAUUGGUUUCGUCGCGGUCUCCGACUUCACGAUAAUCCGGCAUUGUACGAAGGUCUGAGAAACUGCACCACAUUUCGAUGCAUUUUCAUAUUGGACCCUUGGUUUGCUGACAGUUCAAAUGUGGGGAUAAACAAAUGGAGGUUUUUGCUUCAAUGUCUCGAGGAUUUGGAUCAAAAUUUGAAAAAAAUCAACUCCAGACUGUUUGUCGUACGCGGUCAAGCCACAAAUGUUCUACCAGAACUGUUCAAAGAAUGGGGCACAACUUGUUUAACAUUCGAAGAAGAUCCGGAACCAUUUGGCAAGGAACGCGACCAAAAAAUCAUAAAAAUAUGUAAAGAUUUAGAUAUCGAAGUGAUACAAGUGGUUUCACACACAUUAUAUAAACUCGAAAAAAUAAUCGAGGCAAAUGGAAAUCGAACACCGCUCACAUAUAAUCAAUUUCAAUGUAUUAUCGAAACAAUGGAUCCACCGCCUGUUGCCGAAAUGGAAAUCUCACCUGAAUUGCUUAAGGCUGCAACCACACCACUAACCGACGAUCACGAAGACCGAUUUGGUGUUCCCAGUCUCGACGAAUUACGUUUUGACACAGAGAAUUUAAAACCACCAGUUUGGCAGGGCGGCGAGACAGAAGCGUUACAACGAAUGGAAAGACAUCUAGAAAGAAAGGCCUGGGUUGCAUCUUUUGGACGUCCAAGAAUGACACCUCAGUCCUUGUUGGCAAGUCAAACCGGCCUUUCGCCAUAUCUUCGCUUUGGUUGCUUGAGUGUGCGUGUAUUCUAUCAUCAAUUGAGUGAUUUAUACAAAAAGAUAAAAAAAGCACAACCACCACUGUCUCUCCACGGCCAAUUAUUAUGGCGUGAGUUCUUUUAUUGUGCGGCAACAAAAAAUGGUAAAUUCGACCGAAUGCGUGGAAAUCCUAUAUGUGUUCAAAUUCCGUGGGAAAAAAAUCCAGAAGCACUUGCAAAAUGGGCAAAUGGCCAAACUGGAUAUCCAUGGAUAGAUGCGAUAAUGACACAAUUACGAGAAGAAGGAUGGAUUCAUCAUUUGGCAAGACACGCUGUAGCAUGCUUUUUGACACGCGGUGAUUUAUGGAUUUCGUGGGAAGAAGGAAUGAAGGUUUUCGAUGAACUUCUUCUCGAUGCAGAUUGGUCUGUAAAUGCAGGAAUGUGGAUGUGGCUUUCAUCUUCGUCAUUCUUCCAACAGUUUUUUCACUGCUACUGCCCCGUUAGGUUUGGUCGACGUGCCGAUCCAAAUGGAGACUUUAUUCGUAAAUAUUUACCUAUUUUAAAGAAUUUUCCAACGAGAUAUAUCCACGAGCCUUGGAAUGCACCGGAAAGUAUUCAAAAAGCAGCCAAAUGCAUAAUUGGCCGAGACUAUUCAAUGCCAAUGGUGGACCAUUCAACUGCAAGCCGUACAAAUAUUGAACGUUUACGACAAGUGUAUAAUCAGCUUUACAAAUACCGUGACAUAAAAAUUAGCAAGAAAGAAUCGCAAAUAGUUUUGGAAAUGGUGAAAUCGACAGAUAAGUAUGUGGCCAAUUCACCGGUGAGUUUGAUGGACAUGCACAUGUACUCUCGAAAAUCGAAUUACAAAGGUCUGUUAGAUACGGAUGAAUGUCAAGGUAAUCAAUUGACCGAGCUCGGCAAUGAACAACACCAUCAGCGCAUUCGUUAUGUGGAAAAUGAUCACGUUGAAUCGGUCAAGGAGCUAAAGUACAAUAAACGUGUGAAAACAUUGAUUGAGAACGAAACAAAUAGAAACUAUAUUUCGCACAAUUAUCUAACUGAAAAUCAAGAUGAACUAUUAGAAGAAACACAAAUAUCUGAUCAAAUGAAACAACAGAGUAGACAAAAUGAAUCACAGCACCAGUCAUGUUAUGAACAAAAUAUCGGAUAUGCACCGAAUGAACAGCAAAAUCUGAUAUUUUGCGAACAGGUUGAAUGCGACACAAGAAACCAUUCAAAUCGAAAAGGACUCGAAAAUCAUACCGACUCGUCUCCGACAUACAAUUAUAUAAUACGGCAAGAAAAUGCACACAAUCCAAAUUCAAAGGAUAAUUUAAUCGAUGCGGUUCAAUCGAAUGACGUCAAUCAUUUGGCACAGCACUUCAACGAUCGCUUGCAAACACAUAGCCACCAUAACAAUACGAAGACUUUAUUGGCCACAUAUCAACCAAAUGAUACGUUCAAUGGUUAGUGUUCGUACUUACCGUUCUUGUUCUAUUUUCGAAGAAGACAUAUUAAGUGCCACAAAGCAAUUUUGAUAUUGUUUUAAUAUGAAAGUUUGAAAAAUGUUUAAAAACACAAUUAUUUGAUCUUGAAUCAAAACGAAAAGAAAAAAUGUUGCAUUUAUUUCAAAAGAAAAGUUAGACGAAUAAUAUAUCUUAGAGUUUUCAACGUAAAAUUAAUCGAUUUAAAUAUGAUAAAAAUUGGACUAGAGGCACAUUAAUCGUUUGUAAUCUGAUAUGAUAAAAAUAAAUAAGAGAGAAAAAUGUUGCAAACAUAAAUACCAGCUGAAAAUAUUGCACUCGUAUUAAAUGAUAAAAAAAAAUGUUGUAGGUGAAUAUAACAAAUAAAUAUCAAGGGGGAUAAAUUCCGCAUAUAUA